UGUCAAACGCACAAGGCGAACCGGUGCGUGUGGAAUGGUUACUGAUACGGGAUCACACAAAGUACAAAAUUGGGGUGAGUAGUGUGCUCCUUUAGCCAUCAAUUGGAAUUUAUAAGAAAGGACUAAAACUAUUACACGCAGCACUUUAGAAGUUGGUGUCCAGUGGGACCAGCGCAUGCUAGCAGUCCGUGACCAUCCUUAAAGUGAUGUGUUAUUGUGCAGAUGGGCUAGUUACCCAGCCGGGGCAACUGAAUGGUGAUUCUGGAAUAUCCUAUAUACUAUAUACAUCAGGAUAAGGCUUAUGGAGUGUUUUGAAUGAUAUGGACACCUUUUAGAAAUAAAAGCGGCAUCUUAAGUCUAAAACACGCGCAUGUGUAACACUUCGAAAUUUGUUAGGUCAGUUAAGUGUAAUCUGCUAAAAUCACGGCUUGAACGUCUCGAUAGGAUUAAGGACUUCACAUCGCAAGACACGGAGUAAAGAGGCUUUGCUUUUUCAUAGCGCGAUAUUAAGGUCUCUUGGGAGGACUGGCCUCUGUGAUCACCGUAGGGACAAGUUAGUGAGAAGCAACUGCCGCUGAUUUGAUUAGACCCAUAUUUGAUGUCUGAGGCUGCUUCCAAACGAUGGACUUGGGAAAGGUGAAACUCCUGAGAACAGGUCUGAACUCCCUCCAUCAAGCCAUUCAUCCAGUGCAUGGAAUCGCCUGGACUGAUGGCAGGCAGAUUAGCCUCACCUCUUUUCGCUUUGCCGACGGGCAGCUCAAGUUUGGCGACACCAAUGUCAUUGGGCAGUUCGAGCAUGUGCAGGGGCUGUACUGGGGGGCGCUCUGCUGCUCGGGGACACCCGCCCUCCUGGCCAUCCAGCACAAGAAGCAUGUUAGCGUGUGGCAGCUACAGCUCAGCUCGCUGGAGCAGAACAAGCUGCUGUGCACGCAGACCUGUGAGCUGAGUGAACUGCUUCACCUGCUCCCCCAGGGCUGUGUGUGGCACCCAAAGAUGGACGUCCUAGCCGUACUCACCAAGCGGGAUGCCUCUGUCCUGUUCUCGGUGAGGGUGGACAACAGGAGGGUGAAGGUUCCCAUCAAGGAGGGUGGCCUUAUCCGCUGUGCCUGCUGGACCAAGGACGGUAUACGGCUGGUGGUCGCGAUAGGAAGCGCUCUGCACUCCUACAUAUGGAAUGACAUCGAGAAGACCCUCGUCGCCUGCUCCUUCUGUCCUGUCUUCGACGUGGGUGGUAGCAUCUGUGCCAUAGAGUCUGCUGAAGGCCAGCAGGUUGUUGUCACCACCGAGCUCCCGUUGGACAAAAUCUGCAGCCUUAACGCCGGUAUGGCAUUCGAUGUCCCGCACGAGGCGGAGUCCCCACCCACCUGCUCUCCCAUCCUUGUGCUGAGUGACGACUCCAGUUCUGACUCUCGGAGGAGGUCAGUGGACUCGGAGAAGCUGGGUCGCAUCUCCUUGCCAUCUUCCGGACCGAUUGACUUGACAAACCUUCUCUCAAGGCACAGGAAUUCAGAGCCAAGUCCCCUCAUUCACUUGAGACGCAGGGACCACUUAACGGGGUCUGGCCAGGACUUGUCCCAUUUAAUUCUGGUGAGGUACGAGCGAAAGGCGACCACAACCCGGAAAGUGAGUAUCCCCGGGAUCUUGGUCCCGGAUAUCAUCGCAUUUGACAGGCGCGGCUGUACCGUGGCUGUGGCCUCCAACACAUGCAACAUGGUGUUAGUGCACUGUGUCACUGCUUCUUCCAUUCCCAACGUCCAGCAAGUUCAGUUGGAGAAGCACGACAGACCCAAAGGCGUGUGUUUCCUCGACGACAACACACUGUUGCUCAUGGUAGGAAGGCCAACGUCCAACGAUUCCGCUUUCUUACCAUCUUCAAAUACGGACAAGUACAACAUCCGACUCGUGAUUAGAGAGCUUGUCAAUGAAGAGAGUGGCAGCUUAGCGAGUCCCAGUCAGGAUUCAAGUGCAUGCUUGCCUGGGGCCAGAAGUUUCUCUGAGAGCUUUCCUAAGGAGGCACGCGCAGGCUUGAAGGAUCUUGUGUUGCCUUCUGGGUAUGCGAUCCAGUCACCCAACAGCCGAAAAAAGCUGAUCGAGGAGGUGAAAAGCACUGACUGGAACCCGCUGACGAGUCUGACUGACUUUUCGGACCGAGUGACCUCCAACAUGUCGUCCCUCAACAUAGAGAACUUUGACAUGGAUUUUGCCCACCGGCUGGCCGGCCAGAACUGCAGGGAGUCUGGGCGGCCUUGCUCACCCAGGUUCAAAACCCUGGAGAAGCUGCACUCUGAUCUCGUUCCACCCGAAAAGGGUGGCCCAAUCAGGGAGAGGCCAACCGAGCAGCUUAAGUGGGACGUAGAGAGCUUAUCUUCCAAGUUUGCCGAAGUGCAGCAGUGCUUGUUGGAAAUUCAGGAUCUUACCCAGAAUGCGAAGAAGCUAGUGGGAACCUAUCCUUCUGCACUCGAUCCCCCGUUCAUCAGCGUCACCUAUCAGAAGCAGCUUACGGAGAGCCUCUUUGUUGACGAGAAGAGGCAGGUGCUGCUCUGUGAUGGAAAGCUCAGCCUGCACGUCCUCCAGGACCUGUUCAGCUUGACCGUGGUGGAGAUGAUGAACGGUAAUUCAUGGAUCGUGCUUGUGGCAGAUGCUUAUGGGUUUGUGCCUCUCACCUUCAAGCCCAAAGACAAACUCACUGUGCGCAACGGAAAGCCUAAAUCACCGGCUGAGCUGCCCUGCAGCACCGGCGGGUCCCGAUCUGGGAGUCCAUGUGGUUCAUCGCUGGAUGUUUCAGGACAGUAAAGCGAGGGUCCCUAGAGCCAGACCUGGUUACUUUAUGCUUUAACUGAAGUGGAUGUGGCUCACUGGGUUGGUGCCAGUGACUGGGAGAUCACCCAGUAUCCCGUCCACAUGCCCACUGGGCCCUGAAAAAGGCUGCGGAGUCGCUGGAUGGACUGCUGUCCCCAAAUUCAUACCCCAGGCUUCCCUUCCUCCUCGUCCGCGUGUCUGUUCAAAGGUGAGCUUGAUGGGAUAUUUGUGAUAACUAGAGAAUUCCAGUCUGCCUGCAUUCAUACUUGUGGAAAAGACAAACAAAAAGCAUGGAUUCAUUUCACUUAAUAUAUAAAAAUCCAAGGGUACUCAUAUUAAACAUCCUUCAUAUUUGUUGCUAUAAAGUUCAAUAAUCCAGUGUUUAAUUCCAAAUUUCUUUACUGAAUAAUUAGUGUUGGGUAUUCAACCAUACAGUGUAACUACUCUGACCUUGUUUAAAAUUACGGUUAAAGUUGGUGGGAUUCUCAGAUUUCAGCAGGUGUAAACAUACAAAAUCUAUAUAAAAGCACCUGCAAUUAUAUUCUACUGCUUCUCAUUGGAAUGGUUGGUACUAACUGGCAGUUGUAUUUGUCAUAUAGUUUGAUACAUUUAAAGGUUAAACAUCUCGGGGCAGCGGCAUAAACUACCACCUUGGGACGCCUUGGUUAUGUGUCCGCAUCUAAACUUACCUGCAGUCCAAGUUUUAAAGUACCCCGAUAUGUCCAGUUUAAUCUGGUUCACCUGCUGAUUCAUGUCAUGUUCUGUCAAGAUGAGCGUUACUUUGUCACCUGAUGGUGGCAGCAUUUCAUUAUGAAAUUUCCUUUUUGAAGGUAAAAGGUGAAACUCCAUUGUUUGUAUAUGACUGUGUGUUUCAGUGGAGUUUGCAGUUCACCUCCGGGUUGCAUUUCUGGUAGAGUUUCCCUCUGAAUUUUUCUGUAUGUUUACAUCCACUGUCCAAAAAAGCGAAGCUACCGUUUUGCUAUUGUCUGUGCUCCCCCGUCUGGCAUUUUGUUUAAGGUGCCCCCUCCACACACACACACCUACUGGGAAAUGUUCCAUCCCAAGCAGGACAGACACCGGGCAAGAGCUUAUAGAAAACAGACAGAUGGACAAUAAACUCAAUCUCCGGUUGAUACUCGAACAGCAUUUAUUGAUCAUUAAAUAUAUUCACU